AUGAAAAUCCUCCAAGUUAUUUUUCGCUUUAAAUUUUUUUGUCAUCAUUGGUGUUAUUUUUUAUUUUUUAGUGAUAUGGAUAAAAUAAAAAUAAAAAGUUCAUUUCUUAUAAUUUCUGGUUAUGAAUUCAAAAUUGCUGCUGAAAAGCAAAUUGAAUUGUCGAGCGAAUUUUUAAUGUUACCUGUUGACACUGGAAGAGAAACAGUUCUUGCGUCACUUUCCUUUAAACAUGUCAUCAAUGUGGAGUUAAUGGAUAAUUCUGAACAAAAAGGAGCUGGUUUGGCUCUUCAUGUCAAUAAUUUUAUGAUGGGAAAACUGCAGCAAUACUUGGUAGUGGAAGGCAAUAAAUUGAUGGAUUAUAAAUGUUCAUAUUCACGACAUAAGCUCAUUGUAUUGGACAUUCUUAACUGUGACUAUGAGAAUAUGCAUCAUAUUCGUCAAAUUCUUAGCAAUGCAAGCCUUUUUCAUCACAAUUAUGUUGUGCAACAAAUGAAUAAAAAUAAAAAAUCUAAAUUAGAAAUUGCUGUUCAAUUUGUCGGACUAAUUUCACACAAUCAAUGGUCAGUUCUUCUGAGUAUGCUGAGUGACACAGGUUUUUAUAGACUACUAGGUACUUAUUCCCUUCCCCUCCCUGCCCAGUUAUUGAUGUACAAAAUAGUAAUUUCUUACUUGCAUAAUUUCAAAAAGCUGACCUUUGGCAUAAUUCAUUCAGUCACUCUUACUUAA